GGCUAUCUCGUCUGUAUCUGCGUCGGCCUCUUCAGCUAUCGCGUAUAUUUCAGCAUCCGCUUCCUCAGCUAUCGCAUCUGCCAAUGCCGGCGCCACGUCCUUGAAAGCGAGCACGAGCAGCGUGGCAUCAGCACCGGGUUCCGGUGCAGCUACGACUACAAUGGACAUUAUUGCUACUGCCCAAGUCAGUUCUCCUUAUGAAAGCUCUGGGUCUGUGCCCCUUGAAACCGCUGGCACCACCAAUAAUAUUGUACAACCAAAUUCUUCUGCAAGCCCCGGCGCCACAGGGGCGUUCUUGGUGACGCCGAGCCAGAUAGCUGCAAUAGUCAUCGGCACGAUUGUUGGCACUGCAAUAUUGACCCUGCUCGUAGUCUACAGUAUUGUAUUGUGUCGUGAAAAGCGGAGGCGGAAGUACGAAAAAUAUAAGCAAGGGCCUGAGGAUAAUUACGAGAGUGCCCCGAACGUCGCUGAUCACGACGACCAAACGGGGAGGGCAGAAGGUCGUUCAACUCGGGACGAGAAGCGAGCAAAGUGGUCAAUUGCACCGCGUCCUGCUGUGGCGGUAAAACCUAUAGUGUCACCGAAGCAUCCAGCCAUGCCAACCAGGCCGCAGCAGGCACAACUAAUCUCACAUCGAUCAAAACUGAGCUUACCCGCCCUACCGGAAGAGAGUCCUAGAGUCUCUGAUCAAUUUGACCUGCAUCCCCCAGAAGCAGAGUCAUCUAACAGUGCACUGGCCUUCCAUGCCCUGAGCUACACUCCAGAGCAGCCAGCAGGGUGGCGGAUACCUGAGCCUGACACAGUGAAAUUGACUCUGACGAAGAGACAGUCUCGGGGAGGACGCCAGCGCCUUGCUGUAACAAGAGUCGGCGGCGCAAGCCAACAAGCAAGCAACAAUACCAAGGAUAUGAAACGGGCUUUUGGAUUUGCGAAUCCUUACGCUGCUGGUCCGUCGUCGUGGGAAGGAGAGCCGCCAUUCAGGGGCCCACCCCCUGUGCGAACACCGUCUUCAGAAACCCUACCUUACCCGAGCAACGCGAUGCCUUCACCUCUCGCGCUCAACCCCCCAGCAGGUAUAUCGACGACGUCGCAAUAUCCCUCGUCCACCUGGGGGCCCUGGUGUCCCGAACCGCUUCGCACGGCGUCGGGGCCGAGGCAAUACGAGAACCUGAAUGCCCAAGUGCACUCCGGCCAACCGCACACGUCCGGCACCGAGAGCACAAAACAACGGCACACGCCAGACCGCAUCCAGAACCAUAUUGGACUCCUUCCCCAGCAAAUCGUAAGCCCGCCCAAACCGGCACCGAGAUCCCAACCACCCAUCAUCCACGUCAGGACGAGCAGCCUCAACGCCACCACCAUCAACAACAACAACAACACCAGCAGUGGUGGCAGCGCCAAGCCCACAGGGCCCGGCACCGGUAUAUCGGCAGGGGCAGGAAGCCAUCUCCUGAACUCGUCCCAGUAUCUCCGGCCCGGGAACCACACGUCCACGCCGCCCAUAAGCCCGUACAGCUCGACGUUCGAGAACCCUCCCGCCUCGCCGACUUUCAUAUCGCCGCUGUCGCCGCCGCCCAGAUCGCCCCUCCGCGCCCUCGUGCGGCGCUCGAGGUCAGACUACUC